UCAAUUCAUGGAAUGCCUUGAGCAACCACAUGCUUUAAAUUCGAAAAAAAUGUGGAGGCGUCCGCCUUUCGCUCCACGACCAUAGAAGGCGAACGAUCUACUUUUGUGCAGUAAACAACUUAUGUUGAAAAGACCAGAAUGGCUCAGCAACCGCUUCUGUCGCUGCCCGAGUUUCAGAACGUUUCCACCGGUGCUUUGGUGGUGAAGGAGCCGCUGAAUUUCUGGGGAGGAGCGAGAGUGAAGCCGAAGGACACAAAGAACUCUGAACCAGUAUAUGAACCUGCAACUGGUCGUGUGCUGUGUGAUAUGAUUCCCUGCGGAGAGGAGGAGGUAGAUGAGGCCAUAAAAAGUGCUCAUUCUGCAUACCUAAAAUGGAGCAAAUUAUCAGGAAUGGAGAGGGCCCGGAUCAUGCUGGAGGCUGCCAGAAUUAUUAGAGAGCGCAGAGAUGAAAUUGCGAGCGCAGAAGUGGCCAACAAUGGCAAAUCCAUCACUGAGGCUCAGGUGGAUAUUGACGUUGCUUGGCAGUGUAUUGAGUACUAUGCUGGCAUUGCCCCCACUUUGUCAGGCCAGCAUAUACAGCUUCCAGGAGGUUCUUUUGCCUAUACCAGAAGGGAGCCACUUGGAGUGUGUGUUGGCAUUGGAGCUUGGAACUACCCAUUCCAGAUAGCUGCCUGGAAGUCAGCCCCAGCUAUGGCCUGUGGAAAUGCCAUGGUGUUUAAACCAUCUCCCAUGACCCCAGUGACAGCAGUCAUGUUGGCAGAGAUCUACAAAGAGGCUGGUGUCCCAGAUGGACUCUUUAAUGUGGUACAAGGAGGAGCCGAGACUGGAGGACUUCUGUGUCACCAUCCCAUGGUGGCCAAAGUGUCCUUCACUGGCAGUGUUCCCACUGGAAAGAAGGUAUAGCAUGAAAACAAAAUAAACCAAAGAAAA